AUCUACAUAACAAUAAAGCAACUGAGGAGAACAAUGGUAAAGUUUCCAGGAAAAGAAUCAGUUUUUCUAAAUUUGUUUCAAGAGGAAAAUAAUGAUGUACAUCUUCUCAUUAAGCAUCAAUAUCUAGGGCAUCCAAAUCAUGUCACAUAUACAUGUAGAUGUUUAUGUUAUAUUAAGGUGUACCCACAGAGUCAAGUUGACACGAUUUAAAAUCUGGUAAUUACAAGUUCGUUAUAAAUACCACAUCUUAAUAUUCAAAUUGUGACAAUCCCCUGUGAUAUACUGGAGAUAUAAAUGUUAUUUAUUAAAGUCGCUGUGGUUGAAGUAUAUGCUAAACAUAGGGCAUUGUUUCUGUUAGAUUGAACUAGCUAUCUUGAUUUCUUCUGCGAGUGUGAUAUUCUAGCUAGCCCAAUUUCCAACCCUCAGCUACAACUUCAACAUGACAGUAUCAAAUGCUAUACAUGAAAAUGUUUGUCUUUAUAUCGAGAACAGAAAAAAAUAUGUCAAUCGUCUCAAUUCUACUGCUGCAAUCUCCUUAUCAAUGAAAAUGAAAUCAAAACAUGACUCUUAUGUUCAGGAAAUAGAUCAGGAUUUCUAAAUGCGGAAGGCAUGUUAGGUUUUUCAAACAUAAAAUUAAACAAAUAUUUAUUGAAGCAAAAGUGAUACAAUAAUUAAAUCUUAACGUACUUUUUACUUCAAUAAAUCCAUUCAUAAUCUUACGUAAUGCAAUUCAACCAUUCAUCAGUGUUCAUAAUAAAAUAAACAGAAUUUACUUAAAAAUUGAAAAUUUUCAGUGUAGUGUAGAUCCUCGUGAUGUCAUAAGAAGGAAUACACGUAUCUGCUACUUACAAGUCAGUGCAUAUUAAAAUUUCAUUAUCAUGAAUCUGGAAGUCAAAACGAAAGCAUCGCACGCUCGUCCUUGCAAAUCGAAAGCGGAAGUGACGUAUUCAAUUCCGAAACAUCCGGGAUUUUCCCUGUAUGGGAUCAUGUCGAGUGGGUUGCUGUCAAACGGUCUUGUGGUUGUAGGAUCGCCUCCACGGAUUGGUUCACAUGGACACGCCUUGAGCUGGACUGAUGAUUUACCUGUGUGUCCACUCUCGGGUGUUGGGUUUUCUACCAAUCAGAUUUACAGAGAAGAUGGCAUCAGGCGAGAGGAACAUGAGUUUGAGGACUGCAGCUUCCAUUUCAAAUUCAAAAUGCAUGAUGAGAACUGCUAUCUGUAUGGGGUCUUUGAUGGCCAUGAUGGCAGUAAGGCUGCUAACUUUGCUGCCCAGAGGAUGCCAGCAGAGCUGCUGCUGGGCCAGCUGUCCGGGAAAGCAACGGAUGAGGACAUAAAAGAUCUCCUGAACCAGGCAUUUAUAGCUGUUGAAAAGAGCUUUUUCGAGUCUAUUGACCACAUCUUUGCGGAGAAGACUACUAUACAGUUACAGUUGCCAGAGGGAAUAGGACAUUAUGAAGCUCUGAACCAGUAUCCCGAUGUGAUGAAGAAACUGGAUGAUCUAGAGAGGGAAAUAACAGGGGGAACAACUGCCACUGUGGCUUUAGUUUAUAAAAGCAAAUUAUAUGUAGCCAAUGUUGGAGACACAAGAGCGUUAUUCUGUCAGACAGAUGAAGGUGGUGUUUUCAAGGUUAUCCAGCUGUCAGUGGACCAUUCAAUCUCCAACGAAGAGGAGCUUAACAGACUGUCUCAGUUAGGACUGGAUGUAGAGAGGCUUAAACAGCACAGAAGGAUAGGAAGCUCCGACAGCACCAGAUGUAUCGGAGACUACCAUGUCAAAGGUGGAUACAAGGACAUCGAGAUUCUGCAGAAUGCUACAAGGGAACCUGUGAUUGCAGACCCCUAUGUUCAUGGAAUCAUUGACAUCGGAAGCCGUCCCAGUUUUCUGAUCAUCAUGUCAGAUGGUUUAUAUCAAGCCUUACAGGCAGCCACCAACACAGAUCGUGUGAAUAUUGACAUUGCCCGCAUGGUGGCAGCGGAAUUCUCUCAGCAGUCUACACUGAAUGGUGUUGCUCAGGCAGUGGUAGAUAAAGUGGUCCGAAUUCACCAUGACGCCUUCAUUGGGGGAACUCCAGAACUUAAACAGAUUUGUCAGAAACGUGGAGACAUAACACUGUUAGUGAGAAACUUUAAUUACCCUCUUGCCAAUGCUAUUAGCAGCCCCACUGCUGGAGGUACCUAUCACCCCGUUUCUGUGCCAUUCUACAGCCCCAGGCCAAACAUUUUACCGACAGUGACUUUACCAAACCUCAGCACAGCAGAGAGGGUGGAGAACCACAGUGGAUCUGGGGCAUCCACACCGGGAACUCCCACCCCAGCUCAGACUCCACCCAAAGACACACUCUCAUCCACUUUGGAAUCUACUUUCCCUGAAACUAAUCAUACCUAUACAAGCACUGAGUCCUCCACUCAGAGCAGUGGAGAAAUGAGAUUUCCCACCAGGUUUUAUAAUCCCAACAAGCUGGAACUUGAUGAAAAUGGCAGAGUGGAAGCCUAUGUUGAUUUUUCAGAAUUUUAUGAUGCAAUUAAAAAACUGACUGACUCACAACUUGAAUCUCUGAAUGCAGAGACGAAACCAAAGUCUGCAUAUGAACCCAUCACUGAAGAACUUGAUUCCAUGUCAGCACCUGAAAAUUGAAACAUCAUUCACUACUGAUCUUGGUUGUAAAGAAUAUUCAAAAGCAACAAGCUUGUCUCAGGAUGCCUCCGUCGUUCAGCAAUUCCAGAACUCAAUAGAUUGUGAAUUGUUGAAUGAUAUAUUAGUUUGCCAUCAUUCCAUGAUACAAAAUGUGUGACAUCACUCACAUCCACAUUUCUCUUUACAUGGUAUCAAGUAUAUGUAUACCCUGCCUACAUGAUUAUAUCAUUUUGUGGAUGAACAAUGUAAUGUGGCAAGCUUUGUGUUAGCAGUUGAUAGAUUUCCUUGCAUUUGUACACAUUAUACCUUUGACAUUCAUAUGAGUGGCGGAUCAAGGGUCAAACCCUCCCUUUUCUGUGAUUUUUGUGUACUUCAGAUUUUAAAAAAGAUUGUCAGUAUUUUCACCAUAAACUAGGAAUAAAUUGCUUGGAUGAGUAUGAGAGAAA